CCACGCGAACAAUCCCCCCGAAAAGCAAGCACUGAGCGAGCGCGUGCUCCAUUUCUCGCCACUUUUGCCCACCAAACGCGGCGUGAACCGCCGCCGGGGCCUUCUUCACCUCCCCCGCGGCUCCGAUCUCUACUCCCAGUUCCCACACGAGCGAGCUCAGCCCUCAUUCCUUCCUGCUCAGGUUCUGUGGCUUUCUACGCGUGCCUUCUUCACUGAACAACUGUCUGAAAUCCAUACCCCCAAACCGAUGAAGAAAAUCACAAUGUUCUUGCAGUAUGCAAACAUCCUGUAGCAAGUUGAUCCGAUGGUGUCCCCAAUUCUUUGAUUCCGGUGCACCAACCGCCGCAAAUUCCAAAAUGGCUUUUCCAGCCCUACCAGCUACCCUCACAUGCCUCACACUGUUAGCUCUCUUGUCGCUGGCCAUGGCGGCUGAUAACAACUCCACCGGCCUCAUCCUCAUAAACUGCGGAGCAUCAGUCCAAGAAGACGAUGAUAAUGGUCGUACUUGGGACGGAGACACCGGCUCCAAGUUCGCGCCAUCACUGAAAGGAGUUACAGCCACUGCUCCAAACCAAGACCCUUCACUCCCCUCCACCGUCCCUUUUAUGACCGCGCGCAUCUUCGCUUCAAACUACACCUAUUCCUUCUCUGUCACCCCAGGCCGCGUGUUCUUACGCCUCUACUUCUAUCCGGUUGCUUAUCCAAACUACGCCGUCGCAGAUGCCUUCUUCAGUGUCACGACACCGAAUCUUGUCCUCUUAAAUGAUUUCAAUGCUUCGCAAACAGUUCAGGCGAUCAGUUCUGCCUACCUUGUGCGCGAGUUCUCGGUGAAUGUUUCUUCAGGCAGCUCCUUGGACCUCACCUUUGCCCCAUCAGCACAUCACAAUGGUUCUUACGCGUUUUUGAACGGCAUUGAGAUUGUUUCCACUCCUGACAUCUUCACAGCACCUGACACAAGAUAUGUCGGUGAUAACACAUCUCCAUUCACAUUCGACUCUGCCAUGGCCGUCCAGACUAUGUACCGGCUCAAUGUCGGGGGCCAAGCCAUUUCCCCGAAAGGUGACUCGGGCUUCUACCGCUCAUGGGCCAAUGAUGCCCCCUACAUAUUUGGUGGCUCUGGGGUGACCUUCUCCAAGGAUGACAAUUUGACUAUCACCUAUACAUCCAAAGUGCCGAAUUACACGGCGCCAGUUGAUGUCUAUGGUACAGCUCGGUCGAUGGGGCCAACUGCAUCGAUCAACCUGAACUACAACCUUACAUGGAUUUUACCGGUUGAUGCGGGGUUCAGUUACCUCCUGAGGUUCCAUUUCUGUGAGAUUCAGUAUCCUAUUACAAAGCAGAAUCAGAGGUCCUUCUUCAUCUACAUCAACAACCAGACAGCGCAGGAGCAAAUGGAUGUCAUCGUCUGGAGCGGCGGAAUCGGUAGAACAACAUACACAGACUAUGUUAUCCUGACUGCUGGCUCCGGCCAGGUGGACAUGUGGAUUGCACUUCACCCUGAUCUUUCAAGUAGACCAGAGUAUUUUGAUGCAAUACUGAAUGGUCUUGAGAUCUUCAAGCUACAGAAUUACGGAGCAUCGAACAAUCUUGCCGGGCUCAAUCCUCCACUUCCACAAAAGCCAGCUGAUGCCAGUCCCGGCGCGGCGUCUGGCAAAGUGAAAUCUGUCGCGGCUAUCAUAGGUGGAGCUGUUGGUGGUUUCGUAGUGCUGCUGGUCACAUGUUUUGGCGUUUGCAUCAUCUGCAAACGAAAGAACAAGAGCAAGAAGAAGAAGGUAUCCAAGGAUCCUGGUGGUAAAUCUGAAGAUGGUCACUGGACUCCUCUCACCGAGUACAGCGGAUCACGAUCAGCUAUGUCGGGAAACACGGCCACCACCGGGUCGACACUGCCAUCCAACCUCUGCCGCCACUUCACUUUCGCCGAGCUUCAGACCGCCACCAAGAACUUCGACCAGGCCUUCCUGCUCGGCAAAGGUGGGUUCGGGAACGUGUACCUCGGGGAGAUCGACAGCGGCACCAAGGUGGCGAUCAAGCGGUGCAACCCGAUGUCGGAGCAGGGCGUCCAUGAGUUCCAGACGGAGAUCGAGAUGCUGUCCAAGCUCCGGCACCGCCACCUCGUGUCCCUCAUCGGCUACUGCGAGGACAAGAGCGAGAUGAUCCUGGUGUACGACUACAUGGCCCACGGCACGCUCCGGGAGCACCUGUACAACACCAAGAACCCGCCGCUGUCGUGGAAGCAGCGGCUGGAGAUCUGCAUCGGCGCCGCCCGGGGGCUCUACUACCUGCACACCGGCGUGAAGCACACCAUCAUCCACCGCGACGUCAAGACCACCAACAUCCUGCUGGACGACAAGUGGGUCGCCAAGGUGUCCGACUUCGGGCUGUCCAAGACGGGGCCCAACAUGGACGCCACCCACGUCAGCACCGUCGUCAAGGGCAGCUUCGGGUACCUGGACCCGGAGUACUUCCGGCGGCAGCAGCUCUCGGAGAAGUCCGACGUCUACUCCUUCGGCGUCGUGUUGUUCGAGGUGCUCUGCGCGCGCCCGGCGCUGAGCCCCUCGCUGCCCAAGGAGCAGAUCAGCCUCGCCGACUGGGCGCUGCGCUGCCAGAAGCAGGGCGUGCUCGGCCAGGUCAUCGACCCGGCGCUCCAGGGGAAGAUCGCGCCCCAGUGCUUCCUGAAGUUCACGGACACCGCGGAGAAAUGCGUGGCCGACCGCAGCGUCGACAGGCCGUCCAUGGGCGACGUCCUCUGGAACCUCGAGUUCGCGCUCCAGCUGCAGGAGAGCGAGGAGGACACCGGCAGCCUCACGGAGGGGACGCUGUCGUCGUCGGGCGCGUCGCCCCUCGUCAUGACCAGACUGCAGUCGGACGAGCCGUCGAUGGACGCAAGCACGACCACGACGAGCACGACCACGAUGAGCAUGACGGGACGGAGCAUCGCGAGCAUGGACUCGGACGGGCUGACGCCGAGCGCCGUCUUCUCGCAGAUCAUGCAUCCGGAUGGCAGGUGAAGUUGGACUGCGACAGCCCCUCUUCAGAUUCAUGGACAACAUUCUUGGUCCACAUUCAUGUUGCGGGUGCUAGUAAUUACUGUAAUAAUUAGAGUGCUUAUAGUAUCAUACUACACACCUUAUGGUAAUUCAGGUACCGAGUCACUUAUUAGGACUCAGUGUAUCUAUUCUAUGUGUACCAGACAUCAACAUCAUUGUAACUGUAUAGAUGUCGCCGAGGCACUGGAGUUGCGCUUCUUAUUGCUA